AUGUCAAAUACCAAUAAUCUCAUACACAUUUUAAAUGCGCUCAUCGGAAGCCUCUGCAUUGCCGUUCUUGGCCUUACAGCACACGCAGUGGCAUUGAAAGAUGAGCUUGAUAGUAUCUUGCCAUCUAGUGUUAGGAAGACUGGCAUGACGUUCCUUUUCUGGCCUGGAUGUGGUGGCCUAGUCGAUAUGCUGCUCUUCAUUCUAUUAUGGAGUUUGACUCCCUGGGAACAAGACUCAACUAAUAAACAAGCCGCAUAUCUCAAUGGCCUUUUGUUCGUCGCAAGCUUUAUCCUCGGUCGUCCACUCAUAGUACUCAUCUUUACUUUCGUUGAGUGGGGUCGUGCCGUCAAGAGCGACACUAGUACAUAUUCCGGAUAUCUUACUGUCGAGACCUGGGCAUGCGCAUUUUCGAAACAGAAUAGGAACAAUUUCGCAGACUCUCUUUGUAAAGAAAUCCAGGCAGCGCGCUAUCUCCUCAUACCAGUGCUCGUGCUGGGCGCUAUAAUGUUGACUUUGAUGCUUCGGAAGAGAUUUCUUGUUACGAAAGGGGUUGUGCAACCUCUUAUCCACAUCAUGUCAACCGAGCCAGCAUCUUCUGUAGCAGCACCAGCAUCUUACUAUAUCUCCAAAUCGAAUGUUUGCGUAAACAGCAAAGGUGAAAGCAUCGGUAAUGGUGUUUUCGCUAACCAAAGAUUCGGGGCCGGCGAAGAGAUUGCCAACUUCAAGCGCCCGCUUGUUGGCUCACUAGAGACCGAACGGCUACUCGACACCUGUGCGAAUUGUUACCUCUGGACUGAAGGUUCAUCGACUGGAACGAGGCUGUAUGUACCUGAAGGGGCGAAAGUGAACAAAUGUGCUGCAUGCCAGAGAUUUCAAUACUGCAGCAAGACGUGCCAAAAAGACGCGUGGAAUCGGGGUCAUAAGCAUGAGUGCAAAACGCUGAAGCCCAUGGUGGGUAGACAUCUCCCCAAAGCUUUCCUCGCUUGCAUGGAACUACUCAUCAGACGCAAGCACAAUCUCAUCUCCGAUGAAGAAUGGGAGCUGCUUUGCCGCUUACCUUCCCACAUCGAUGAUUUCAAGCGCAGUGGAACCUAUGAGAACAUCGAACUUAUGGCAAUGGGUGCUGGUCAGUUCUCAUUGUCGCAAAACAUGUUCGACAAGGAUUUUGUUGCCGCGAUGUAUGGCCGAAUAAUGUCGAAUGCCCUUACAUUGAUCACACCAACACUCGAUCCUCUAGGUAUUAUGAUAGAUCCUAUGCUCUGCCACAUGAAUCAUUCCUGCGAUCCGAAUGCAUACAUCAUGAUGGACGGACCGCAGGUGAGUAUUCGUACUCUACGGCCUAUCAGGAAAGACAAAGAAAUCUUCAUCUCUUACAUUGACGCUACCAACCCCUACCACAAGCGGCAAGAAGAACUUCGAUCACGAUGGUUCUUCACCUGUCGCUGUGCAAAAUGCCAGAAGAAAGCUACUCUCCAAGAAGACAACUGGUUAGUACCAGCAAAUCCUCGGUUCGUGUUGGGCAAAGACGAAAUGGAAGCAAUGGCCGGGACCCAGGAGAAGGCCUUCGAACUGUAUACCCAGCUCCAAGGAAUGGCUGACUCAAAGCUUGUUAUCAAAGCGCUUCAGGAAACUCUCAAGAUAGGCUAUGAGUCGAGAUUCUGCCCAGCUUACCGUCAACCGUAUGCCGCGGUCCGUGACGAUCUGAUUGUACACCUGCUCUCCGUCGGGAAGUACCAAGAGGCAUGGACACAAUGCGCAAAGCGGUACAAGCACAUCCUUCCUAAGUUGCAUCCGGUCCCUUUUCACCCGGUUCGGGUAGUCCAAACAUGGCAGAUGGCAAUGCUGGCUACAUAUCUAGCUAGCACCGAAGAGGGCGUGAGUGCGCCAGGGGUGAACAUGGGCCUCAUCGCCAUGAUGCUGGUGAAGCAGGUACUGGAUGUUGCGCACCUGAGCCAUGGAAUGACUCAUACAUUCACAAAGAGCGUGAAGGCCAAAGCAGAAGAAAUGAUUGAGGAGCUGAAAAGAAGUAUUGGCAAUCCGAACAACGAUGUCAUGAACCGAGAACUUGAGGUCUUCAAUAUGCCCCCAAAAGCUGCUACUCUCGAUGGCCAGAAGGUGGUCCCAGCCGACUGCGUCUCUGUCCUCCUUAUGGCCUUAGGCAGUACCACCAUCACCAAGGCUCAGUAUGAGAUGAUGUCGGCUCUUGACGGCACACGUACUGCAAGCUCUUUCGAGCAUCAAUUCCGCACGAUCACAGCCAGGGCAAAGGAAUUGAAAGCCCGUGUCGAAAAGGGCGAGACCUUCCAAGCCGUGGCACCUGUCAAUAAGCGUGGCCAGACUAACCCAGCAACACCCAACAAGAGAAAGGCCGCUUCUUCAGGAUCCGACGAUGCGACCCCCUCCAGAAAGAAGGUGACUCCCAAGUCACGUGGAAAGAAGAGCCAGACCCCGCUUGAAACGAUGGAUGACACUUUCCCCGAGGACGCCGAAGAGUUCAUUAAGAAUGAGGCCAAGUGGGAGGAGGAAGUCUUCUCUUAG